CCCAGGCCCCUCCCAACUCCCAGCACCUCUGCCCAGUUCUGCUUUCCCUGGACUGGGCUCCCCGUUUGCCUUCUAAAUCUAAGGGUAUCUGGGCUCCUCUCCUGUCCUUUGAGAUCUCCUGAGCACAGGAAGCUGCUUGUGGCAGGGGUGGGAAGGAACUCGAGAGCCAGGUGUCAACUCCGUAAGCCCUGUCAUUCUCAGCUGAGCCUUCUGUGGCUCUGAGGGGCUUGCACAGCGGGGACCCACAAGGGACAGCCCCGUCUCAGUCCUCUCUGCUGCCCAACAAGACUCUCCUUGCCUAUCCUGGGCCCUCACUUGGAGACCAACGAUCCUGCUGGUGUGAAUCCCCUUGGUCCCACGUCCUGGUGAUGUCUCCCUCACCCUGCCCCAGCCUAAGCCUCUCCCCACCUCAGGGAGUGCCCAGCCUCACUCUGCUGACUUGCUUUUUUCUGUGCCCUCAGGGCCUGAGGGUACCUGGAGGGUGGAGGUGGUUGGGCUCAUCCCCUUGGAGCCCCCAGCCCCAGCUCAGCCAGGGGACCAUGCCCGGGCUGGUUGUUGAGGCCCCAUGUGGAGUUAGAGCCCUGGGAGACUGAAGCCUGACUCACAGCCGAAAGGCCACAGCUGGCAGGCUGCCUGUCCCUUGGGUAUCGCUGACCUGGACAGGGAUCAUGUGGUCAUGUGGAGCUGUCCCAAGGCAGGGUCUUGGUGAGGAGAUGAGUUCACCCAGCCGGUUUUUUCUGCCCCUUCUAACCUUCCCUCUUCCUUUCCCUCCUCCUCCGUCCACAUUUCCUCUCCCAGGGGAGUAUGCUGAGGGGGUUAGUGAGCGAGAUAUCCUGCUUAUCCACUCCUGCCGCCAGUGGACAACGGUGACUGCCCACACACUGGAGGAGGGCCACUAUGUCAUUGGGCCCAAGAUCGACAUCCCCUUGCAGUAUCCAGGGAAGUUCAAGCUCCUGGAGCAGGCCCGGGACGUACGGGAGCCGGUGAGGUACUUCAGUAGCGUGGAGGAGGUGGCCAGCGUCUUCCCUGACCGCAUCUUUGUGAUGGAAGCCAUCACCUUCAGCGUCAAGGUGGUGUCGGGUGAGUUCAGCGAGGACAGCGAGGUGUACAACUUCACGCUGCACGCGGGCGACGAGCUCACACUCAUGGGCCAGGCGGAGAUACUGUGCGCCAAGACCACCAAGGAGCGCUCGCGCUUCACCACGCUGCUGCGCAAGCUGGGCCGCGCCGGGGCGCUGGCCGGAGUGGGCGGCGGCGGCCCGGGAAGCGCGGGGACUACGGGUAGCGGAGGGGGCGCCAGGCCAGUCAAAGGCAAGAUGCCCUGCCUCAUCUGCAUGAACCACCGCACCAAUGAGAGCCUGAGCCUGCCCUUCCAGUGCCAGGGCCGCUUCAGCACGCGCAGCCCUCUGGAGUUGCAGAUGCAGGAGGGCGAGCACACGGUGCGCGCCAUCAUCGAGCGCGUGCGACUUCCAGUGAACGUGCUGGUGCCCAGCCGGCCGCCGCGCAACCCCUACGACCUGCACCCGGUGCGGGAGGGCCACUGCUACAAGCUGGUCAGCAUCAUCUCCAAGACCGUGGUGCUGGGGCUGGCGCUCCGCCGCGAGGGCCCGGCGCCGCUGCACUUCCUGCUGCUCACGGACGCGCCGCGCUUCGCGCUGCCGCAGGGACUGCUGGCCGGGGACCCGCGCGUCGAGCGCCUGGUGCGCGACAGCGCCUCCUACUGCCCGCCCCCUGGGGACGGCGACCAGGAGUACGUGAGCCCCGAUUGGGCGGGAGCGCCCGAGAUCCCCUACGAGGAGCUCUGGGCGCACCAGGCCCCUGAGGGCCUCGCCCUGCCGGCCCCGGGCCCCGACCUCAUCUCCUUCGGGGCCCCACCGCGUCGCGAGCCCGAGGCGCCGCCGCCUCCCGUCCCUCCCAAGUCCGAGGCGGUGAAGGAGGAGUGCCGCCUGCUCAAUGCGCCCCCUGUGCCUCCCCGGGGUGGCAGUGGCCGGCUGGCGGGCAGCCCCCCUGUGCCGCCCCGCUUCCCCAAGCUGCAGCCUGUCCUCUCGCCCAGCUCCAGCCUGUCCUACUACUCCUCCGGCCUCCAGGACGGGGCGGGUUCCCGCAGUGGCAGUGGCUCCCCAUCACCAGAUGCCUAUUCCCUGUAUUGCUACCCUUGUACUUGGGGAGACUGCAAGGUGGGCGAGUCUUCUAGCCGCCUACCCCCAGGACCCCUGCCCUCAACAACCACGCAGCCCAGCCAGGCCUUACGGGCCCUCACAGAGCCCCUGAGUGGUCGAACCACCUCCCUCUUGGGGGGUGACACCCUGGUCAAGACCUACCACGGCUGCUCUCCUCUGUUGAAGCCCUCUCACCCUCAGAAACGAUUUGCUCCCCUGGGGGCUCUCAACCCUUUCUCUGGGCCUGCCUACCCCUCAGGCCCUCCUGCAGCCUCCUCUGGGCCCACAACCACUUCGGGCUCCCUGGCUACCUCCAGCCCGGCACAUUCCCCUGGACCAGCCUCACCAGGACGGGCCUAUUCUGCUGGUCCGCCGGCCUCACCAGCAUCUUCCGAGUGGCAGGAACCGGCCUUGGAGCCCUUGGAUCCCUUUGAGCUGGGUCAGAGCAGCUCACCGGAGCCUGGGCUGCUGCGCUGCCAGGAACCCAGAGCUGUGGGGGCACCUGGGCCUGGACCCCGCCUUUCGCCACUUGGCCCCCCCAAGGCUUUUGAGGCCGAAGGUUUGGUGUCAAGGCAGGUGCCCACCCCACUCUCACCAGCUGCUCUGCAGGGGUCCGAGGCAGGAGGAACUCGACUCUUUCUCAGCCAAGGGCGCCUGGAAGGACCUCUUGCCAGUCCCAGGGACGCCUCCUCCUGGCAGCCCCCUGCGGACCUAUCCGCGCUGUCCCUGGAGGAAGUUUCCCGAAGCCUGCGCUUCAUUGGGCUGUCUGAGGACGUGGUGAGCUUCUUUGCCCGAGAGCGCAUCGAUGGGAGCAUCUUUGUGCAGCUCAGCGAGGACAUCCUGGCAGACGACUUCCACCUCACCAAGCUGCAGGUCAAGAAGAUCAUGCAGUUCAUCAAGGGCUGGCGGCCCAAGAUCUGAGCUGCCAGCUUGGGGCUGCACUGCUGAGUGCUGGCACGGGGCUCUGGGUCUUUGGGAACUGUAUUCCUGGAGGGGUGGGUCCUGCCUGUGGGGAGAAUCUCUGCCAGGACCCUGUCAGUCAGUAGCCACUCAGUGAUCCAGGGGAGACACACCAGACGCUGCAGGGGACAUCCUGUCUUUGCGCAGAGUAUGUCGGGAGGGUGGAGGCACUGCUGUGAACUUGGCGUGGUGAGGCUUUUGCUGUGAUUCUGGGUUAUGAGUGAGUGUGUGUGUGUGUGUGUGUGUGUGUAGGAGACGGUGGCUUUCACAGUAUUGGAUCACCUUCCCUGCCCUUUGACAGUCCUUUUGCAGCAGAUAAUCCUGUAGAUUCAAAUGAGAGACAUGGGAAGAAAAUGGCCCGUAUUUCAAGCACAGAUUCUCAAGUGCCCCUCUCUUUGUGCUCUGUGGGCUUUGUCCUACAGCUGCCGCAGCUGGGCGCGUCUUCUUGUUGCUGGGGUGCCUCUCCUUCCCUCUGUGCUCCAUGUUGGAGGUGCCUGGCCCUGAGCAUGGGUGAUUUAAGUACUGAGUUGUGCUCGGCACCUCAGAGGCUGCAUCUCUGGGCCCCGUUUCGUGGGCGAUGACUUUGGAGUCGUCCAGCUUUGCUGCCGACCUCUCUGGUUAGGGAGGCAGAAGGUCCGUGGCCACCUCUAGUGCCCUAGCUCUUAGCUGUCUGUCCUGUCAGGUGGGACUCAGUCUCCUGACUGCACGGAGAGCAGCUGGACUUAGGAUAGUUGCUCCCCAGUCCCCAAAACAAGUAGGGGUUAAUCACCCCCAUUCCCAUCAUCUCUUGCCCCCAGCAUUUGGUUCUGAGCACUUGGUGUUCUUCCCUGGUUUUCUGUCACUAGCAUGGGGCAUAGUUGGGACAGACGGCAGCGUGUGGCUUGGGAGACACUGCCUUUCACUCCUGGAGCUCAGUGCUGUGCUGCUGACAUGCGUCAGAGAUCUUUGUGCCUUUCAAUCUUUUUUUUCUAUGGUAAUACUGGGGAUUGACCCCAGGGCCUCAUGCAUGCCAGACAAAUGCUGUACCAUUGAACUGCAUCCCUGCCCAGCCCUUUUUAUUUUUUUUUUUGGUUUUUCUCCGGUACCGAGAACCGAACUCAUG